CUCCUGUUGGACAGGUUUUUAUGUAACUCUGAUUAUUUUUUGACAUGGACUGAAGUUAUAAAGGUGUGUCGUUGUCCUCUGAUCAGACGCACUCAGACACCCGGACUGAAGAAGAAGACGAGAGAAGAGCAGCUUGGUCUCUGCCAGUGUUUCCUCAACACACAAAGGUGAAAAGAGUCUUUUAAUCGACCUGAAGAGUUCAGCAGUGAACAAUGGCACAGUUUGUGGAAGGCUCCAGCCUCAGGGACUGGGAGGUGAUUGAUUCUGGGGGUUUUGGACAAAUCUACAAAGCCAGGCAUCAUCAUUGGGGCUAUGACGUGGCCAUUAAACUGCUUCUUCAGGGCGAGGGGACCGAGAAGUCUUUGCUGCAUGAGAUCGAGAUGAUGCGUCAAGCCACCAACCCGUAUGUCAUGGCCGUCCGAGGGAUCUUCAAGGGUCAGACGCCCUAUAGAGUGUCAAGAGAGCUUGGUGUGGUCAUGGAUUUCAUGGAGAGAGGAUCAUUGGCCUCCCUACAGGAAGCAUUGAGGGGAACUCCACCCUGGCCGCUGGUCUUCAGACUGGCUCACCAAGUGGCUCUGGGUAUAAACUUCCUCCACGGUCUGCCCCAACCCGUGCUCCACCAGGACCUGAAGCCCCAAGCCGUGCUGCUGGACGACGCUCUAAAUGCCAAGCUUACAGGUUUUGGCAUUGCCCGGAUUGACUGCAACGUCAGGCAGUUUUCCAACGACGGUGGACCACUAGUGAUAGCACACAUGUCACCAGAGUCUUUUAAAACACCGUACCGACCUACCAGAGCCUUUGAUAUCUACAGUUAUGGGAUACUCCUUUGGUCCAUUGCCACAGGGAAACAACCAUAUGGGCAUACAAAACCUAAUUUAAUAGUGUUACGCAUCCCGCAAGGAGAGCGCCCACUGCUGGAUGAUAUCAAGGGCAAUGCUGCCGGGUUGACUGAGUUGACAAGACUGAUGGAGAGAUGCUGGGAUCAGAAACCUGAACGAAGGCCCACAGCCCUUGAGUGUACAACUGAGACAGAACAACUGUUCAAGAUGCACAAAGAUGAACUCAACAAAGCUGUCUAUGAAGUACUGGAGAAACUGAAGCAAAAGGAAGGAAAGGGCAUGGCAGCAGGAAAUAAGGUUCAGAGGGAUCCAGUUGCUGUGGCUUCAGUGGAGGGGAUCCAACAGCCCCUGAGAGAAGUGACUCGGCUUGCUGUGGACCCUGUCAGGGCGCAGAGGCGUGAUCUGAUGAAAUAUGUCUGUGAACUGGAACCGGACAAAAACACAAUACACAGAAGACUCAAACUGUCUGACAACAACAGGAAGAUGACAGGUGUGUUAGAGGAGCAGCCAUAUCCUGAUCAUCCAGAGAGGUUUGAGUCCUCGUCUCAGCUGCUGUGUAGAGAUGGUCUGACUGGUCGCUGUUACUGGGAGGUCGAGAGGAGAGGAUAUAUUUACACAUCAGUGAGUUACAGAAGAAUCAGCAGGAAGGAAGAAAUAAACUAUGGGUUUGGAUGUGAUGAUCAUUCCUGGAGUCUGGUCUGCUCUGAUGAAGGUUACUCUGUCUUGCACAAUAACGGAAGAACAGAACUCACUUCCUGCUCUGUCUCUAACAGAGUAGCAGUGUAUGUGGACGUUCCUGCUGGCUCUCUGUCCUUCUACACAGUCUCCUCUGACUCACUGAUCCACCUCCACACCUUCAACACCACAUUCACUCAGCCUCUCUAUCCUGGGUUUGGGGUCUGCAUUGGUUCCUCACUUUCUCUGUGUCCUCUAUAAGAGGAGACAACUUCCUGUCCUCUGGUGUAAAUGUUGAUGGAGGACAAGAUUCACAUUUGUCUCACUGAUUGUGUCUUUAAUGUUAGAAAACUUUUUCUUUGUUGAAAUGAUCUCAUCCGAGAUGAAAAGUUGACUUUGAUUUUCACUUUAAUUGCAUUUUAUUGGAGCAGCUUCAGCUGUUAGUGAUUUAUUUCCAUCAAGGUUUGAAAAU